AUGACUGGUGAAUUAUUCACAGAGUGGAUCAAAAACCUGGAAAAGAGUAUGACAAGACAAAAACGUAAGAUCCUGAUGUUUGUAGACAAUUGUCCUGCCCAUCCUGUUGUGAAACACCUGACACACGUCAAACUUGUCUUCCUUCCACCGAACACUACGUGUAAGAUUCAACCCAUGGACCAGGGUAUAAUAGCAAACCUGAAACAACUGUACAAGGGCCAGGUAAUGAGGAAAAUGCUGACUGCCUAUGAUCAGAAGAAAGAACAUCAAAUCACUCUCUUUGAUGCCAUCCAGAUGAUUCAUGCCGCUUGGAGACAGGUCGCAUCUAAGACGAUCGCCAACUGCUAUCGGAAGGGAGGCUUUGUCCUUCCUGAGCGAGAUGAAGAUUCGUCAGACGAUGAGACAGACAACAUGGUUCUUUCCGACCUCAGAGUUAUGUGGAAUGAACUGUCAGAUAAAGCAGAAGAAAUCCCGGCAGAUGUCACGUUGGACGACUUCAUCAAUGCUGACAAUCAAGUUGUUACAGCCGAACGCCCUACUGAAGACGAGAUUGUGACGUCAGUAGCCCAGCAGUUUGCCACGCCCACUGUCACAUCCGCUCCCAACUCUGAUAGUGAAGAUGAUGAACCUUGCCCGAAGCCAUCCUUUGCGGAGGCCAAUGCAGCAUUAGAGACACUACGUCAUCUACUUGUUUGUGAAGGUACAGAUAGUUCUAUCUUCGACUCUCUUGCAGAUGUCUGUAAUGCAGUUGACAAAAUAAAGUCUGCAAGACGUGGUGUGCAGAGCAAAAUUGUGGACUUUGUUAAACUUAAUUAA